UGGCUUGGGCCGUCUUGAUGCUGUAUCAUAUAUUGGGGCAUCUGGACUCUAUGACAUGAAGAAAAUUGGGGAGUGGGCAACACAGUCACGACUGGACCCGAACGAUCCAAAAAAUUCCUCCAUCAUGCAGCUGCUAAAAGUGGCCAGUAGUGGAGAGGUGACUGCUCCGGAGUACUUUCGUCUAGAGCAGCUCCAGGAGGAGUUUAACUUUGUGACUGAUGAAGAACUUGAGAGGUCCAGAAGAUUUCGCCUGCUCAGGCUCAGGAACCAAGAAGUUGCAGAGUUUCGAAAUUACAAAUGUGUUCCUGCUCUGGAGAGGGAGGUCACUGAUAAGGUGUUCCAGGAUUAUGAGAAGAGACUGAAGGAAGGAGAAAUAAUCGACACCAAAGAACAUCUGGAUUCACACAGAGCUUUAGUUGCCAAAUACCUUCAGAAGAUUCAAGAAUCAGUCAUCAACAGAUUUCUUCUUGCCAAGCAUCACUACCUCCUGUCUGAUUUAGUGGUUGAAGAGGAGAUACCAAGCAUUGGGAUUCUGGGGCUCAACCUUUUCAAGUUGGCUGAACCCAAGCGGCCGCUGAAACCUCAGAGGAAAGAAAGGAAGAAGGUGACGGCUCAGAAUCUGUCAGACGGAGACAUCAAACUGCUCAUCAACAUCAUCCGGGCCUAUGACAUCCCCGUCCGCAGACCCCAGAGCAAUAAACCAGGGCAGUCGCCUCAGACCAUCCAGGGCAGCGACUGGCUCUUUGGCCAGGUACAAGUGAGGCCAUUUGUAGAGGUUUCCUUCCAGCGCACAGUGCUUCAGACAACCACAGCAGACGGGCCAAACCCCUGCUGGAAUGAGGAGCUACAGCUGCCUUUCAGUGCCCCGAAUGGUGACUACAGCACUGCUAGCUUGCAGUCCGUCAAAGAUGAGGUCUUCAUCAACAUAUUUGAUGAGGUGGUUUAUGAGACUGGAGUGACUGACAAAGACAGAGGAACAACACACACCCGGGCAGAGAAGCACUGGUUAGGCUCAGUCAAGAUUCCCUUCAGCACCAUAUAUUCUCAGUCCAGGAUUGAUGGAACAUUCAAGGUGAACACACCAGCAGUGCUGCUGGGGUACAGUAAGGAGCGGAGCCAUGGCAACAGUGGGGGUUAUGAUAUUUUGCGGAGCCUAAGUGAGGGAGCAUUUAUCACAGUGUUCAUCACCAUCGAACCUCAGCUGGUGCCAGGGGAGUCUAUUCGGGAGAAGUUUGACAGCCAGGAGGAUGAGCGUCUACUGCAGGCUUCAGAGAGAUUCGAGAGAGAUGCAGCACAGGGAUAUCCAGACCGACCCUGCAUUACCACAGUCAUAGACCUCAAUGGGAAGACAGUCUUCAUCACACGAUACAUUCGACCACUCAACCCUCCACAGGAGUUACUGGAUGCAUACCCUAAUAACCCCCAGGAAGCUACGGGCCUGGUUGCCCGAUUUGUCUCCCUCAUCCCUUCUCUACCAGACAGGGUUUCGUUUUCUGGUGCCUGUGACCUGUGGAGCACCUGUGAUCAAUUCCUCACCCUCCUAGCAGGAGAUGAAGAAGAACAUGCUGUACUGUUGUGCAACUUCUUUCUGUCUAUGGGCAAGAAAGCCUGGCUGAUCAUAGGCACUGCUAUACCAGAGGGACCCACAGCAUAUGUCCUGACCUUUGAGCAGAGCCGCUACCUGAUCUGGAAUCCCAGCAGUGGUCAGUACUAUGGCCAGUAUGACACCUUCUGCCCACUGCAGAUAGUUGGUUGCCUGGUCAAUGCUGACAAUGUGUGGUUCAAUGUUCAAGAAUAUGCCUCACCAAUGAGGAUGAGUUUUGACACCACAAAAGCCAAAUUGUGGAAGCCCUUUUUCUCUCGAUCCUUCUCCCACCCUGGGCUGUCCAGUGUACAGCCAGAGGAGCUGGUGUAUCGACGUGUUGACAAAGCAGCUGCAACAGAGCUUCAGGACAGAAUUGAAAAGAUCCUGAAGGAGAAGAUCAUGGAGUGGCGCCCUCGUCACCCAACCCGUUGGAACCGCUACUGCACCACCACCCUCAAACAAUUCCUGCCCAAACUGGAGCUGAGUGGGGGGCGGGACAUGGCUGAGGGGCACCGCCACGAGUUGCAGAGUCUGCUGGGAGACAACAGGAUUUCAGGAUUCCCCCUGCAUCUGCCUUUCUCUGAGAUCCGUCCCAUCAUAGAGGCAGUGUACAGCACUGGAGUUCACAAUAUUCAGGCAUCAAAUGUGGAGUUUGCCCUGGCUGUGUACGUGCACCCCUACCCUAAUAACGUCCUUUCUGUGUGGGUGUACCUGGCCUCACUAGUCCGCUCAUGAUAUGAGACAUGAACUUUAGCCUUAAUAAAGCUGAUCACACUCACAUGUUUGCACACUACUGUAAAGUAUACCAUACCAUAUGUAUAAAAUGUAUAUCUGGUAAAUUUAGAUAAUAUUUAGUACUGAGUUUGACAUCUACAUGUCUAAUCCAGUCACCUUGUAUUAAAUUCCACCGUUGUGAACUUUACAAUGUUGCUGAUGGCUGAAACGCUGCUGUGGAGACCUCCAGUUUUUCUUAACACAGUAAAAUGUCAGCCUAUUAAAAUGUUGAAUGUCUUAAUUAUCCAAGCAAAUAAUCCAACAUGUGCCACUGUUAUAAACUAAUCUGUGUUAUUUGA